AUGUCCGUACGGUCAGCCUGGCGGGCUCUCCACUACAGCGCCAAGCGUCGCGUGGUUCAACCGACGACUCCCUAUCGAUGCUUUUCCUGCACUCGCCAGGCCGGGGAUCAGGCCAAGUCGGACCAGGAGCGCAUGACACACUUUGGCUUCACCAAUGUGCCCGAAUCAGAGAAGGAGUCGCGAGUUGGCGCUGUCUUUAGUUCCGUCGCUUCAUCCUAUGACAACAUGAACGACCUCAUGUCUCUCGGCAUCCACCGUCUCUGGAAAGACCACUUUGUCCGCUCCCUCAACCCAGGCACUCCGGUGGCCAAUCGACCCGCCGAUGCCAAAGACCAGGGCUGGAACAUCCUCGACAUCGCCGGCGGGACCGGCGACAUCGCCUUCCGCAUGCUCGACCACGCCACCAACAUCAAUCACGAUAUGCAGACCCGCGUGACCAUCAGUGACAUCAACGCCGACAUGCUAGCCGAAGGUCGCAAGCGAUCCACCGCCACCCCUUACUACAACACGCCUCGUCUGUCCUUUGUCCAGGCCAACGCCCAAGAUAUGCCCCAUAUCCCCUCCAACUCGGUCGACCUGUACACGGUGGUCUUUGGCAUCCGCAACUUCACCGACAAGCAGGCCGCGCUGAACGAGGCCUUCCGCGUCCUCAAGCCCGGCGGUGUGUUUGCCUGUAUGGAGUUUAGCAAGGUGGAAAACCCCCUUUUCGACGCCGUGUACAAAAGAUGGAAUUUCGGGGCGAUUCCGCUGAUCGGACAGAUUGUUGCCGGGGAUCGGGAUAGUUAUCAAUAUCUCGUGGAGAGUAUUGAGCGAUUCCCCAGUCAGGAGGAGUUCCGGGGCAUGAUUCAAAAGGCUGGAUUUGAAAUCCCGGGUAAGGGAUAUGAGAAUUUGACCGGUGGAAUUGCUGCCAUUCAUAAGGGUAUCAAGCCCCUUUCCCGUGCAUGA